CGCGUUACAAAUGAUUCGCGCCUCGGUCUCGAGAGGAGAUACUUCACAAACAACACUGCUAUUUCUUAUUUACUAAAAUUAUACAACCAAAUAUGAGUGACUUUUACUUUUUGUCGACGCGAACUCGUCUGUUUGAUAGGAUUAUUCAAGCAACAGAGUGAAAUGACGGAAAUCACGCUCGUCUUGUGCUGUUUAUUGUGGAUUUAUAGACUAGAAAAACGCUCGACCGGGGCACUGACAGGAAAGAAAGGGAAGAAAGAAAGACUAACUUGUUCCGUUUUCGAGAUAUUCUCGUCCAGACCACAUUUAUUGCUCGUAAAUCGUGAAGUUUGUCUGGAGCGCGUAUCCAGCUGCUGGCUGAGAUGGAGAGGAUGAGCGCGCUCAGAUGGAAGUUUUCUCUCCAGACAUCCACACAAAGAGAGUCUCAUCGACCGGAUUAUCAAACUACAGAAAAUCAGCUUUCAAAGCUAAGCAUUGGCCAAAGUGUCCUGCUCUGUGAAGCGGAAAUAUGAUGGUGCGCGUGAGAUCUGCUUGUGCGUAAUGGACACAUAGCAUCCAGAGGAGGAUCUCAGCACACAGGCUUGUAUUGCCGUAGCAAUGAUUGCAACAGGUGGGGUGAUCACGGGGCUCGCAGCAUUGAAAAGACAAGACUCCACCCGCUCUCAGUAUCAUCUGCCAAACCAGAGCCCCACCGCUGCACCUGAGAAGAAAUGCACAAAGCGUAAACCCAGAGCUGAUGUGGUGGUGGUGAGAGGGAAGAUCAGACUGUAUUCGGCCUCUGGAUUCUUCCUGGUUUUGGGAGUGCUGAUCCUCCUGGCAGGCAUCGCAAUGGCUGUUCUAGGAUACUGGCCUCAUAAGGACCACCAGAAGGCACCAGAAAGCAAGUUGCCCGUGAACGAUACACAGGUUGGCCGAGACCAAGUGGGCUCCAUCGCGCAAUUCUUGGAGCAGCACCUGCAUUCAGAGAAGAUGAAAAUGUUGGGUCCUUUCACAAUGGGAAUUGGGAUUUUUAUCUUCAUCUGUGCUAAUGCCAUCUUACACGAGAACAGGGAUCGUGAGACAAAGAUCAUCCACAUGAGGGACAUGUACUCAACAGUCAUAGACAUUCACAGCCUGCGGAUUAAGGAGCAGAAGUGUACAAACGGGGCCUACAUGGGUCCCUACGCUGACACAGAGAUCCGUUCCUUCGGUCUGGACAGUCAGUUUGCCUCACGGCUCGCAGCAAACACGCUAAUGUGGGGACGUAUCGAUGGGGACGUACGAUUCUCCCACAGGACCAGCUCGGCUGAGGAUGACGAGGGUCUAAUGAGCGAGGCCAGAGGCGGAUUAGGCCUGUUGUCGCCUACCUACAAAAACCGCUCUGAAUGUAUCUUUGGGUUCCAGGAUGAGGGUAUUCGUCGGUGGGAGGACAAACGUGGUGCGCUUAAGAAAUGCCAAACACGCUCGAUCGUUUCCUCUUCCAUCAGCGCCUUCACGUUGCCCGUCAUCAAACUCAAUAACUGCGUCAUCGACGAGCCUGACAUCGAUAGCAUCACGGAGGACUUAGAGCCGAACAGGGUCCACUCCAGACCUCCGUCAAUGGAAUCGUUAACGGUCCCUGUUCCCGAUGUUGCCAAAGCUUUCAAGCCUCCGGGUGGCCUCCUGCUCCGGAGCAACUCAGCCACUGAAUCCCCGAGCUCCGCUUCGUCCCAUUCCUCACUGUCUCCUGGAUCCACCAGCGGUAGAUUCCUGUCACCGGGGGCGGCGCGGAAAGACUUCGGCUCCAAUAACUCCCUCCACAUGUUGUCAGCCCAUUCCAAAUCUCUGGAUUUAGAGCGAGGGCCCACAAUGCUGACCGUCCAGCCUGAACAGAGGAAACACCCGAGCUGGCCCAGAUUGGACCGCAGUAAUAGUAAAGGAUACACCAAACUGGAGGACAAAGAGGACCCUAUGGACAGGCUAAUAGUGCCCCCGGUGGCCAUGAAGAAGGACUACACUAAAAAGGAGAAACUUCUUAUGAUCUCCAGAUCUCACAAUAACUUGAGCUUCGAGCAUGAUGAGUUUAUGAGCAGCAGUCUGAAGAGAGGCACCUCAGAGACUAGAUUUUAAAACUGAGCUAGUGUCAAAUAUCAACCCAGUGGCUUUUGGCGUUCACGACCCGCCUGCAAUACAGAAGACAGUCCUUGCUGUUUUUUAAAAUUAAGGCCCUUGAAAGCUCCGUUAUGCUGCUUUUUUAUGCUGCAGAAUGGGUAACACUUUAAUUUGAUGGUCCCUUUUGAACAUUUUAUUGACAAUAAGUAACAUUGCACCUAUAUGUCAACUCUUAUUAGAGUAUUAGUAGAUCGUCUGCUUAAUGUCUGAUAACUCUUUAUUGUGACGGUCUCACAACAGACAUUCUACUGACUAUAAGUAACUUUGCAAUUACGUGUCAGCUUAUUCUUACCCUAACCUACCAGUCUACUCUGAGAGUUAGUAGAUACAGUAUGUAGGCACAAUGUUACUUAUAGCCAACAGAAUGUGUUAAAGGGACCAUCAAAAUAAAGGGAAACAGCAGAUAUUUCACCAUGAAUUUGAAAUACAAAAGUGAGCCGUAAUGAUAAAUAGAGGUAUGGGUACAGCGAACAAUUUGGUAAAUUACAGGUUAGUGAAACUUGUUCAAAUGUGUUUGUAGUGUUUUUGUUGACAUUCAGACAGGAUCUAUUGUCAGUUUGAGUACAGUAUGUGUGUUGUACCAGCACUGCUAGUUAUUUUACAUUAAAUAAUUUAUUGUUUAAAACAAGCACACACUGAUAUUUUUGAAGAGAACUUAUCUAUGUAUAAUUUAUCUGUUUCUCAGAAUAAACACAAUC